AUGUCCCGCGCAAAAGCAGUGGUUGGGGCUGCGGUGCUCGCAAGCCCAUUGGCCUUCAUUGCGCCUUCAGGUGCUCCUCAGGCCGCCCCGCGCGCAAUCCCAAGUGCAGCCAGCGCCACCACCACCGCUGGGGCCAAGUUUGACACCGCCGGGGCUGCUCUUGUGGCCACAGCUGGGCUGGCAGCUGCCUGCCGCCGAGGCUCUCGGCAGCAGCGCAGGGCGGAUGAUGCCUACGGAGCUUCGCACACCUCCUUCUACACCGAUGCGGUUGCCAAGGACAAGUAUGACACCUUGGAGGAGGUGCUUGGCGACAAGCUGAAGGAUGAGAAGCUGAAGGGCAUGGUGAAUGAGCUGCUGGAUGCGUGCGUCAAGAUCACAGAGGCCUUGCGCGUGAACCUGGUCACUGUGAACGACGCUUCCAACGCCUUCGGCGAUCGUCAGCUGACGGUGGACGUCAUUGCGGACAAUCUUCUCUGGGACUUGGCCAA